GCAUUUUGAAACAACAGAUAGCGGCAAAAUUCAAAAGCUAGAGCUUGAUGCCUGAUCGUGCCAUAUCCCACAUAUGCACAGAUUGAAUUGAGAAAAAGAUUCACUCCUCACAGGUAGACGAAAAUGGAAGAUUCAAUCAGUAUAUUUAGCAAUGCCCUUGCAUCCUUCUGCAACCAUCUGCAAACCAGCUGCGACGCUCUCAAGCAGUCUGUAGACCGCCGCCCCAUCCCUCUCGAUUCGGCGUCGUCUACCUUCAUACAAUGUCUGAACCGUCGCGUUUCAGCGGUCACCAGCGAUCUGAGCCUGCUCGAAUCCAUGUCGUUUGGCACUGUGUCUUUCGAGGAGCUAUUAGGUCACUGCAAUGAAGUUUACAAGAAGAACCAGAGCGAUCUUAUUCAACUUGAAGAUCGUCUUAAGGACUUCGGCUAUGUUCCUGAGGAGGUCGUCGAAAUUGAUUAUCAAGAUAAGCAUUCGAGUAUACCAACUGCUCUUGAUCUGGAAGACAAGGAUGUAUUGGACCUUCCUUCUUAUUGCAGACCCGUGUCUGCAGUGAGUUCAAUUAUGAAGAAUUUGGAAGAGGACCCAUUAAUGGAUGAGUCCUUGAGUUUGAAGAGUCUUGGGCUUUCAGACGUUUGCCUUGCCACUCUAGCAUCCGAAGCAAACAAUAAGAUAGAUGAUCCUGAUGUAUUCAGGAGAGAAUCAAUGAAGCAUUAUGGUGAUAAAGGAUAUAACAUAAGGAAUCCAGACCAAAAUGCUGUAGAUAUCCUUGAAGUAACUGAAGGGAAAAUCGAAGGUGAUCUGCAGCCGGCUGGUACUCCUGGGGCCCUAAUACAUGUAUCAAAAGAUGAUUAUGGAAGUCUGCCUUCGUACAUGAAAAGUCUGACAUCAUGGGAGGAUCUGCUAGAGGCUGUUGAGAAAAUAAACUGUCGCCUGAGGAAGAAAGAGAAAACAAAGAGCGGCAUCUAUUUCCACCAAGAUGAAAUUGCAUCGCUGGGAUUGGGUCCUAAAGCAAGAACUUAUCUGCUGCUGCUAAUGCGCAUGAAUCAGUUGGUGGUUGAGACAAUUGAUGGUUUAAUUUCCUAUAAGGUUUUAUCAACGAGAUAAGACGUCUAUGAGGCUCAAUGCAACGUGAAACGGAUUAGCAAGAUUUUCUCUCAAAACAUAGACAAGUCUGUAAAACAUUUUUAAGGGUAGAGAUUUAAGGAUACGCCUGGGAAGCCUUUAUUUCCCUCUUUGAAAUGGUUUUUCAGCCUGGGUUGGAUCUGGAGUGACAGUUGAAAUUAAUUGGCUUCAUAUACAAAUGCAUUUUUAACCAACAAA